AUGGUGAAUUGUGAACUACUUCGUGAAGAAUUUCGUGUGAAGAAAUUUGGGUUGUGUUACGAUAGGCCUGAAGAUUUCUAUAAACCACAGUUUGGUAGUGGAAAGAUUUAUUUAGUUUGUCGUAUACUAUGGAUGGUCUUCAAUCUAAGUUGGAUCAUAGCAAGUGGUUGUUUGAAUUACAAUUUUGCAUCUACGGAGGCGAAUCGCAUCAAAUGGUUUACGUUUUUGACAAACUGGACAUAUUUAUUGCUAACUAUUCAUUCUAUUAUUAUGGUAAUUGUAGUUGUAUAUCACCAGUAUUAUAACAAACAAGUGGUAUAUAACCAGUUUUAUAAUAAACAAGUGGUAGUUAUAUAUCACCAGUAUUAUAAUAAACAAGUGGUAGUUAUAUAUCACCAGUAUUAUAAUAAACAAGAGAAGGAAGAGAGUAGUAUGCCGGUACAUUUGAAAUGUAUAUGGAUAUUAAGUAAUGUUGUACAUGGUGGAUCCUUUAUAGUUACUGGAACUUUCUGGACUGUUAUUUUUCCUGGUAUAAAAACUUUGUAUUUGGUGACAUUUGUAGUUCAUGCGUUUAAUUCAAUUUAUGUACUUUUUAACAUUCUCGCUAGCAGAAUACCCAUUCGUAUAUUGCAUUGUUAUCAAGUAAUGAUAUAUGGAUUAAUCUAUUUACUGUUCACUGCCAUUUACCAGGUUUCCGGUGGAACAGGGCGACGUGACGAACCCUCUAUCUAUCCUGUUUUAAAUUGGAACAAUCCAACCAAAGCGUCAAUCCUAGCAGUAUUAAUGGUGUGUCUUGGGGCUCCAUUAAUGCAUCUCCUUGUGUACUUGUUAUAUCGUUGUCGAUUGUUGUUAGCCGAUAAAUUAAACUCUAGAGGGCGAUUGGAAUACGAAGAAAAGAGUUCCCCUGAAUCUUUUGAUCAGUCAGAGCUUCAAGAAAUAAAAUAAUGAUAUUGGAUUAAUACUCCGAUGAGUAUAACAACCUUUGUGUUAUAUUCUGUUAUUAUUAUACAAACAUUGAAAAUGAAGCAUCAGAAGAUAUUUUGAAUCUAUUAAAGGGAUUGUAAAGAGGUUUUCUAAAUCUUUUAUGUGUAUCGGAGACACUGAUGGCAUCACUCUUUGCACUUGUAUAGGUUGAUUAAAGGGAUUGUAAAGAGGUUUUCUAAAUCUUUUAUGUGUAUCGGGGACAAUGAUAGCAUCACUCUUUGCACUUCUAUAGGUUGAUUAAAGGGAUUGUAAAGAGGUUUUCUAAAUCUUUUAUGUGUAUCGGGGACAAUGAUAGCACCACUCUUUGAUCUUGUAUAUGUUGAUUAAAGGGUUUGUAAAGAGGUUUUUUCAAAAAUCAGAAAAACCUUUUUACUAUCAAUUUAAUCAAUCAAGUAUUGCGGCGGGCAUCAUUAACGAAACAGGACAUUCUCGAACCUCCGAAACACCUGAUAGCUUUCUGACAUCGGGUUUGUCUACUCACCAUCCCUUUCGGAGAGUCCACACAUCUUGUUUAUUUGAUUUAUUUUAUAUGUUAUGAAAUAUUUGACCCUCUAUUAACAGAUGACAGAGUUCGCUCUGAACCAUUUGCUUUGAUUAUUGGGCACAAGAAAAUCAAUAAUGCAGUACUUGUAUAUGGCGUUAUGGUUUUAAAUUUUGAAUAGUGGAGAUGUGUACAUUUCUUUGCAUCAUCGGUGUUCAAGGAGAUAAGUUUAAAUAAUUUAUUGAAAUGUUUGUUAUUGUAAUUUGGUAUAUUCAUUGAAACUAUAUUGAGAAGAAUAAACACCUCCCCUU